AUAUUGUCUGUGUAAUCUGUGUGAGUUUAAUGUUAUGAGAUGAUAUCAGCACUUUCACGCAUUAUCGACUUCCUCGUUCAUACAGAGACACAUCAAGCGCGUACAGUGUUUAUUUGUUGUUCAUUGGUAUUGUUGUUUUACUCAUCAGCUAUUGGUUAUGCAGAAGAUACACCUGAAUUCAGUUUUGCAAGGUACGCAAAUUUCGUGGAAAGAGAAGGUUGGGGAGCAGUGCCGCCUAAAGUGUACCCUAAGCUGGAGAAAUUGUCACUACCAGUGGCCUUCGUAGUGCUCUCGUACUUCAUUCCUAGUAUCACGGACGAUGUUUUGGCCUUGCAGGUUAUACAGAGAAAUCACAUGGAUGCAGGUCUGCCAGAUAUUCAGAGCAAUUUUUUAAUAGGGAGAAAUGGAACAAUUUACGUGGGAAGAGGCUGGAAAAUAAAACCUGCUAGAUCAUUGGACUUUCCGCAUUAUGAUGGCAAAUUUAUUGAGAUAGCCUACAUUGGAAAUUUUAACGAUGAACCAAUGUUACAUCCAAUAUAUAAUGCCACCUGGGAUCUUUUAAAAUUUGGCAUAUUUAAUAAAUAUAUAGUGGAAGAUUUUGUAAUUUUAACUGAAAAGCAUCGGAAAAUAGCAGAUUGAUAAACAGGUGUUUUAGUGAUAAAGUACAAUCUUGGAAGUAGUUAUAUUCCAUUAAGAAUAAAAGAUUCACAUUCUUUAUG